GUCGCACCGAGCGUUCGCCCUGGAGCGAGGUCCGCCGAGUUCCCGUGCGCCGCUCUCGCUCUCGUCGUCGUCAUCGCCGUUGCGCCGCAAUCGUCGAUCCCGUCCCUCGUUCGAUCGCGAUACCUCGGGCCGCCCUCGCCGCUUCGCGGGCAACUUCGCGCUGCCUCUGACCGCCGCGAGCGCGUAUUGCGCGAGGGUGUCGCGAUGCGGUACUUGAAGCAAGCGACGACGCGUACUACUUGAUUGGCGACGAGCCGUCCGGGUCGCCCAGGAUCGUUCGUCGGUGAUUUCACCGGGCGAUUUGAAGCUGCAAGCCUAGUGAUCGGCCUCGCCUAGCCUCGCAUCGUCUCGCCGCCUCUCCUCGCCUAAAGCUGAUCAGUAUGCCCGCGCCGAUCAGUGCGCGCCUGUUGCUGUUCCGCUACGCUACGAGCGGUCUCGAGGCAAGAGUACGUGCACGCCCGCGUGUGACACGCAUGUAUCCGACGUACGCGGGUUCUUCUCCUCGCGUCCCAAUUGUCCUAGCACGCAAAGUGCACGAUAAUUGAUGGUGCAAUUAGCGUAACGUCGAUCGUAGGAUGCAACGAAGUCAGUUGAGGGACAUCUCGUCCUGGAUGACGCGCCUAUUCCCGGAGCCUGGGGACGGAAGUAGCUGGAUGGUCGACGGGUUCAAGAUGUUCGGUUCAAAGAACAGCUCGCCUACAAGUACGUUCUACACCGACCUCGAGAUCACGGAGGACAAGCAGGAGUUCCAGCAGGAGGACGAACAUUCCAAAGCGCCGCCGCCACCGCCGCCGCGUUUGCCGGAGCAGCAGAGCGCGACCAGCGAGGAUGGGAACUCGCAGGAUUCGGACACGGCAACAGGUGCCGAGGAGCAGCAGGCCUACGUCAGACAUUCCUUCCACAGGAUCGCCAGUUACGGCGGCUUCCCGCGAUUUCAGUCGUUCGUCAUGUCCGCUUCCACGCCGGCCGAGUGCAUCGAUAUCACGAGACACGAGGAGACUUCAUCGGAAACGUCCUACAUUAAGAUGUCACAUAGCGUCCUAGAGUAUAGAAGCAGUAGUUACGUAGCUUCGGAGAGAAGAUCCCAUCAGUACACGUUAGACACGUACGCGGUAAGCGAAUCCGAGAGCGAGGAGGAGUCGGAGGAAACGCGGUCUUCAGAGACGGACUCUGCCAUAGUGGCGGAUCACACGGACGAGCCGAUACCAACCGAGCCCAAGUUACCAGCGAAGGACUCUCCUGAUUCGAAGAGGAGGAAGGCGUUAAACGUGGCGCGGGAGUUGCUGGCGACCGAGAAGAACUACGUGAAUAUUUUACAUCUGAUCGAUCAGGUGUUCCAAUUCAGGGUCGACCAGGAGAACAGGGCGCAUCCGAUGUUCCCGCCGGAGACUGUCCAGCACAUGUUCGCGAACAUCAAGUCGAUCUACAAGUUUCACAACGAGUUCCUGCUGCCGCAGCUCGAGGACAGGAUGCAAGAUUGGGACUCGGAUCCGAGAAUCGGCGACAUAAUGAAGAACUUCGCGCCGUUUCUCAAGAUGUACACGGAGUACGUGAAGAAUUUCGAUUACGCCAUGAAUCUGAUCAGCACGUUGCAGAGCAAGGUGCCCAGGUUUGCGGCGAUUAUCAAUGAGAUUCAGAAGCUUGACGAGUGCGCCAAGCUGUCGCUGGCUCAUCACAUGUUGAGCCCGAUACAGAGGUUGCCGCGAUACGAGCUGCUACUUAAGGAUUACUUGCGAAAUCUCACUGAGGAUCAUCAAGACUACGUCGAUGCGCAAAAGGCCCUAGAAUUAGUGUCCAUCGCUGCCAAUCACACGAACGACGCGAUGAAGAAGAUCGACAAGUUUAAGAAACUGCUGGAGAUCCAAGAGAGCAUAUACGAUGCAACUGAUCUAGUCAGUGCGACCCGUGAACUGGUGAAGGAAGGGCGUAUAGUGAAAAUUUCGGCGCGUAGCGGCGAUCAUCAAGAGAGACAUUUAUUUUUGUUUAGUGAUUUAUUAUUACUCUGCUCGAUAAGACUGAUACCCGGCCCUAUGUAUCGACUGAGAGCCAAGUUUCUGGUGGAAAAUCUGAAGGUGGUCGAGGGUGACAAUCUCGAAACCGCAAACACCUUCUACAUAAAGGACGAAAACAAGACCGUUGAACUGUACACGCACGAUGCCGCGGAGAAAGCGGCGUGGCUGGACGCGCUGUUACAAACGAUGCAGGAAAUCAUAAGGCGUAAGGCCAGCCUGAAGACUGGCAACGUCAAGACCUCCUUGGUCAAGGCCGACGAGGUAACCAAAUGCAUGGUGUGCGAGGUUAUCUUCUCUGUGAUGAAGCGCAAGCAUAACUGCCGGGCUUGUGGAAGGGUGGUUUGUAGUAAAUGCUCAAAUCAGAAAUUAUUAUUCGAGGACAAUAAAAGCAUGCGAGUGUGCAGACUGUGUCAUGCCGCGCUCACCCAGCCGCUCACUAAAUCGCCGUCAUCGCCCUCCGGACCAGUGCCAAGUUUGCUGCAAGUGUCGGCGAGCGCGCCCUCAGUAUUAUCCGGCUACCUGUUGUUGAAGACGCAGGCCAGUAAACCGUGGACCAGACGGUGGUUCGCGUUGCACGUCGACUACGUCCUGUACUCGUUCAAGUCCGAGUCGGAGAGCAUGGCCAUGACCGCGACGCCUAUGCCGGGCUUCACGGUCACGGAAGGUACGAAACUGCCCGACGAGGAUCCGCUAAACACGAAGGAUCGGAUCAGAGCGUUCAAGAUGCAUCAUUCUAGGAAGUAUUACUAUCUGCAAGCGUCUUCUCAGGAGGACAAGGAAAGGUGGAUGAACGCGCUCGAUUUGGCUACGAAGGCUGAACUACCUCAUUUCACGCAGGCGGAAAACGAAGAAAGCGCACAAGAGAGUCAAUCAAUGAACGAUGUACAAUGAGCACCUUCGUACCUUUUUACCUAACCAAACUAGCCAAUUUUUUUACUGUCUCGUACUCUCGCGAACGUGAAGACGGACACGGCAAUGUAAGAUAAUCGUUAGUAGUUAAUUAGCGAUAUUUAAAAUGACGUUAACUUAUGUUAUAUAUAUAUUGUUAUUAGUGUGUACUACAAGAGAAGAGAAUGGGAGAGAAACCGAGUCAAUAGCGGCCGCUGCCGAAACGCUUGUUGUUUUGUAUGAUGUUCUGUUAUAGUAUAUUUAUAAAUAUAUAUAUAUAUAUAUUGUCGUUCGAUCACACGAUACGCUGUGCUGACCGUAAUUUGCAAUGGAUGCCGAAAAUACGUCGCGAUAUGCUUGUGAGAAAUUAGUUAACUCGCUUCAGUGAUAAUAUGUUAUCUAAGCUACGAGAGAAGAUCGAUUUUAUUGAAUGCGUAAUGAAGUCUAUAGUUUUAUCAAUAAAUUUAUUUCACAUCGUA